UGUCUCUGUCUGCAAAGGCGAUAGCUCGAAAACAUUUUCAUGAAUUAUGAAUUCUGAUAAAACUCUGUGGCGUGUUGAGCGAGCUCAUGUUAACAAUCAUUAAAAUUCCUUCCAUCCACUGAGGUCAACGUCCUGAUUUAUUGGUGGAAAAAUGAUAAAAAGGCCUUAAAACGUAGAAACUGUGAUUGUUGUGUGCUGUCAGCAUGUAGAAAGCAUAAAGAUUUAAAGCGAGCCCUGAUAACAGCUCGCAAUUCCAUAUUUUCCCCACUGACAGGAAAAUAAAGGGAAAUGUUCCCAGCUGUUCCGACACGGAUGAUGAAGAGCUUCAGCUCUUUGCUUACAGGUCUGCAGUUAAUAACUAUAAUAAUAUAAUAAUUAAUAUAGGGUCAAGGUCAAGGUCAAAUUUAUUUAUAUAGCACAUUUCCAACAGUCUAUGCUGCACAAAGUGCUUAAAAUCGAGGUGUGCCUGCAACUGUAGAUAGACCACUUUCUCCAAAACUUUAGAUAGAAAAGGGAGCUUUGAGAUGGGUAUAUAAAUAUAAUUUGUUAUAUUAUGAAGACAUAACCAGGUCAGAGGGUGACAUCAUCACAGUGAGAGAUCAUUAUUAAAAAACAGUUUCGCCUGCUGUACGUUUACACUGCAGAAUCAGCUCAGUGUGGAAAAACGCCUCCUCCACAUAAUCCUGGUGAAAACAAGGCUGGGAGACUCUUCUUCUCUGGGGUUUAAUGGCAGCUGGCAAUGGUGUGAUGAACGCCCGGUGCGGAGUUCAAAUCUACAUGUCCAGUUGCACAUUCGUUGCUUUUGUAUUUAUUACAUUUACAACCCUAAAACUUUCAUUUGUUUAACCCGAUGAAAAAACCCAGAGGAUCUUCAGGGAACGUUCCCCAAAGGUUCCCUGAACGUUACUGCUUGCUGGGGUAAAGGAUUUAAACCAUGGACGUUAAAAUGAAGCGUAAAUGCCUUAAACCCUGCUUCUACCUGAAGGCCACCAGGUGGCUGUGAUUGCAGAAAGACUUCCUGUGCUGUGAGAAAACAGCUUGAUGAUGAGUUAGUUCCAUCUUCAUCGUCCUCUGCACACGUGAAAACCAUCCCAGGCGAACCUGAGCUGUCACGUGACGCACCUGACACGACUUCCCUGAUAACGGUGUAAUCUUGUCCGCAGUGGGAGAACGAGCAGCUGCACAGCCUGGAGGAGCGAGGUCGUCUUCUCCUCUCCCUUCAGUUCCUGCCUCCGGUCAGUCUGGAGGAUAAAGCCGUAGAAGGUGGAGGUGAAGGCCCUCGCAACGGGGGUCUCUGUGUGGGCGUGAAGCGCUGCGCCCACUUGGCAGCCAUGGAUGUUAACGGAUUCUCCGACCCCUACGUGAAAAUAUACCUGAAGCCCGACAUAGAGAAGAAAUCCAAGCACAAAACGGCCGUGAUGAAAAGGACCCUGAACCCUGAAUUUAACGAGGAGUUCUUCUAUGAGAUCUCCCUGUCAGAGCUGGCCAACAAGACUCUGGAGGUCACAGUGUGGGACUACGACCUGGGCCGCUCCAACGACUUCAUAGGUGGUGUCUGUCUGAGCGCCAAGUCCCAGGGCGACGCCCUCCGUCACUGGACCGACUGCCUGAAGAACAAGGGCCAAAGGGUGGAGCGGUGGCACAUCCUGACCAACGAGCUGCCGCGAACCCUCAGCCACGACUAACCCCGAGCAGCGGCGUCCACGCAUGCAGACAGUCGCUGUCGAUGUUCACAGAGAUUCUCGGGGUUUUUACAGCACAGACGUGAGCGACUUCAGCACAGGAAACAGCGGUAACUUAAUGGACGAGUGUAUUAUAAUAUGAGCCACCAUGAGAGCAGGGCGAGGCCGGAGCAGCAUGGUGGUGUGCCUUCAUUAUUGAUCUGUAAGUCAUCUGGAGCAAAAAGGCCGUUGGGUCCAUCAGCAGCGUCACAUCUGCAUUCAGCAUCAAAAAACAGGGUCAAUCUCCCGACUCAUGAAGGGUGGAACUCUCCGGUGACGCGAUGUGGCAAACAACAUUUACAGAAACUAAGGGGCUGGAAGAGGCAUUACAAUUCAAUUAAAACAAAAACCUCAAACAUUUUGAGAAAAGUUAUAAAUUUGCCACAAAAAAUGAACAUUUUGUAAACAAUAAUAUUAUCUUUGACAUGUUUUGGCAGCUUUUCAUGAACCUUGUUUUAAAUUUUACUUAAUUUUUUUGUAAAUCUGCCCAUUUUUCAUAAAAUUUGUGUAUUUGUUUCUUUUUAGUUUGUUUGG